AUGCCUCUUGUGUUCUUCGCAACUUCUGUGGAAGCGGUUUAUCCUGUAAUGAUUGCGCAGUUUGCAAUUUCCAGACUAUCGAAGGAUAUCGACGUGAAGAAAGAUGUCAUCACCCUAUUUUGGAGUUGUUUUGUAUUCGGAAGAUUCGUUUCUGUUGGCUUAGCAUAUAGAUGUUGUUCUUCUCCUCAAUUUAUCGUCGUCAGUUUGGGUCUCCAAUUGUGCUCCGGAUGUCUUCUGGCUUUGACAAGUCACGAAGAGGAAGUAAUUUUGUGGAUUGCCACUGGGUUCUUGGGCCUAGCAGGAUCCUCUAUCAUACCGAGCACAUUUGUGUGGCUUCAUGACCAUAUAUAUGUAAACAGCAAAGUGAUUGGCUUUUUGCUCAUUGUUUCCAUAACCUGUUUAAUAACAAACGCAUUUUGGAUCAAAACCUCUUUCGCUAAGAAUCCCAAAGCUCCUCUUUAUUUCAUUCUCCUAUCCCCUACUUUGUAUGCCAUCGCCUUUGCCAUCCAAGCUAUUGUCUUCAAGCAAAUAGAACAUCCCACUCCACGGCGAAGAAUGCCUCGUGUACAGAGAGCUGGAAGUUCUCUGUCCCACACUGGCAUUCCAAGAUGCCUCAGUUCCAAAAAUCUGCAUAGGAAUGAAAAGUUACAUGAUUCGAAAGAAUGUCAACACGUCAUCAGCGACAUGGGUACAUUGAAAGCGAAUGUUCAGAAACAGAAUCUCAGAACUAUGAAUCUGCUUCGAAGCCUCGAGUUUCCAGCAGAAAGUGUGAUUCAGACAAACCAUUCAAAAUCCCUGAUCGAACGGAGACAACCAGACGAAUCUUGAUGUGGAUCAGUAAGAACAACACUAAAAUCAACAAGAGAAAUUCCAACACUGGUAUUCCAAGUUGCCUGCGAAAAAUACACAAAGGAAAGAAAAUGUUCACCAUUCAAAAGAAUGCCAAAGUUUUUAAGCGGCAUGGGUACAUUGAAA